AUGGCGUCCAACCGUUCGAACUCAGCGUUUGGUUCUGUGGUUCUGUGGAUAACCAAGGUCCAUCACCAGAAAUUCAGGCUUAAAAGCAAGUUCUUACUCAAAUCUUAUGUUCUUGGGCUCUACCUGACCGGAAUUGCUUUAGGAACGACCUCCCAAGUUUACGAAACAUGGCGUCCAACUGUUCGAACUCGGUGUUUGGUUCUGUGGAUACAUAAGGUCAACCACAAGAAAUUGAGGAUAACGACUAAGUUCUUACUCAUAUCUUACUCUUUUGGGCUCUACCUGACCGAAAUUUCUCCAGGAACUAUCUCCCCAGUUUACGAAACGUUGCGUUUAACCGUUCAAAUUCAGCACUCGUUUUUGUGGAGAAUACGGUCCAAUACCAAAAAACACCCUGAUAGCGAAGAGGAAGAUGAUCUUGAGGGCGACGUUGAGUCUGAAGGGGGCAGUGGGAACGAGUCAACAAACAACGAAUCAACAAAGGCAAAGGCAAAGAAAGGCAAGUACAAACCUGGACGCAACGAUAUCAAAGCAGCACACAAGACCAAUGUGAUCGCGGGAACACCCUCUACAAACACCUCCAGCUCAGUCCCUCAAGAGAAGGAAGCUAGUAGCCGCGCACCACCAAAGAAGAAGGCGAAAAAAGAUAUCGCAGGUAUCGCCGCCGACUGGGAAUCACGCCGCAAACCGGUUUCUUCAACGGCCGCUUCGACUAACGACAUCGAUAACGAUUCCAUGGUCAGGCAGGGGGGUAUAGCGAGUGAUGGCGAAGGCGACGACGUGGAACGAAAGGCGAUCGCAAAUGACCGUAGUGCACCCAAGAAAGUUGGUAAGAAAAAAUUGCCUAACAUGGUGAAUAUCAGCUCCAUCACCACCUCCCAACCUACAACCAAGAAGCAGGCUCGGGGAGGUCACGCUCGAUGGACGCUACAACACCUUCCAGCUGGCACGGACAAGAAGUUCACAGAGCACGUCGUCCCUCUUGCAAGGCUGAAGGCGGGGACCAUCACUCCUUGGGCCGGGCUUGACCACGACCAGAUUUCGUCUCGCCUCAGCAACUGGCGUAACGGAUUCGCAACGUCGGCCGGCGAGGCAUUCGACCUUUUCAAGAAACAGUAUGCCGAUGACCUCGACACUCCCGAGGAGAUUGCGGAGCUUAUCAAGGCAUACCUCACAACCAAAGGUGACCCCCCGCACUUUGCGUUCUGGUGGCGGGAAUGGGAGGAAGAUGAAGAAGGGAAAAUUCGGAAAAAGGUACACUUGUCCAUGCCAUUUUACCUCCUAUCUACUUACACGAUUUUGAAGGGUAUGUUUCAAAACCCGUUGAUCAUGUACACCCUCGCGCACGCCCAUUUUAUUGAGUACGGCGACGACAUACAAUCUCAGCUCAACGAGGACAACAAACCUGUCGGUGCCAUAAUUCUCUCCUUACAAGCCGUUGAACAUGUACUUAGGUCCUGGCAAACGGGGACACGCGACAGCAGUGGCACAGCAAGUGCCGGUUACUUCUCAUCCGACAACUACGGAGACCGCACGGUGAAGGAGACAAAAGGGACUGGUCCCUCCGGGAAGACAUUCAUGAAGAUCGACCCCCGCGCCUCGCGGUUCCUCAAAUUGGCCAAGGACCUCACGGACAAGCACUGGGCGGAGAUUUUUGCAGCUGCCACGGCGUUUCUCAGCAACAGCCGCAAGCGGAAACGAUCCCAAUCAGCAUCGUCAUUCGCCAGUUCAGACCUUGUAGAGGAUAGUAUCCCCGAGUAUUCAUUUGUAUCUGAUUCGGAUUGA